UCAACUUUGUGUAAGAAAGGCGCAAAGUGGCUGAGUUGUUAGUAGCCGACUAGCCCCUCCAACACUUGCUGCAACACUGCAUUGAAUAAAGAAGGUGGCGGUUUAGGGUUUAGUAGAGGAAAAAGCAAGAGAAGAAGAAGGGAGGUAUGGUGAAACUCACGGCCGACUUGAUUUGGAAGAGCCCUCACUUCUUCAAUGCCCUCAAGGAGCGAGAAUUGGAUCUUCGAGGUAACAAAAUUGCUGUAAUCGAGAACCUGGGUGCUACCGAGGACCAAUUCGAUACCAUAGAUUUGUCUGACAAUGAGAUUGUCAAGCUGGACAACUUCCCUUACCUUAACCGCUUGGGUUCCUUACUCAUAAACAACAACCGAAUUACCCGUAUCAAUCCCAAUCUUGGGGAGUUCUUGCCCAAAUUACACACUUUGGUUCUCACAAACAACAGGCUCGUGAACUUGGUGGAGAUUGAUCCUCUUUCAUCUCUUCCUAAGCUGCAGUUCCUUAGCCUAUUGGACAAUAAUAUUACAAAAAAACCUAAUUAUAGGCUAUAUGUGAUUCACAAACUAAAAUCACUUCGUGUUCUGGAUUUCAAGAAAGUCAAGGCUAAGGAGAGAUUGGAAGCUGAAAAUCUCUUUGCAUCUAAAGAAGUUGAAGAGGAAAUGAAGAAAGAAUCUGCAAAGACAAUAACACCAAAAGUGGUUCCAAAUGUUUCAGAAGUUGCAGAGGAAGAACAGAUGCCAAAGCUAGUUGCCCCUACACCUGAGCAAAUUAUAGCUAUCAAGGCGGCCAUUGUGAAUUCUCAGACUUUGGAAGAGGUUGCAAGACUUGAAAAGGCACUAAAGACAGGUCAGCUUCCUGUGGAUUUGAUAAUUCCAGGUGAUGAUAAAGGUGCCAAUGUUGUUAAAGGGAAAGAUGAGGAAACUGUUUCUGAUAUUCAAAAUGAGUCCAAUGUUGAAACAGAUAAUAUGGAUAAAGAAAAGAAUGAAGAACCUGCACCCAUGGAACAGGAAUAGCGUUGGUAGAUUCUCAAGGGGCUUUUACAUCACUUGGUGCGUUCAUCUUGGAAUGGUUGGGUUUGCAAGUUGUAUUGAGAAUUCACAUGGAACUCUGACUCUCUCUGUCUCUCUCUCUCUCUGUCUCUCAUGUACAACCAUGAAAACUGUCGUUUAACCUAAUUGCUUCUGGUACUGAGAUGCUUUACCUUUCUAAAGGUGCAAAAGAGAUGUUUUCUGCAAAUGUAUGUUUGGAUAUUGAGUUUCGACGAUUUUGACAUACUGGUGGAUUUAUCUGCUCCAGGUAACUUAGGAUGAAGCUUGAGUAUUGAUCUUUUUAUUUAUUUAUUUAUUAUUAUUUUUCUA